AUGGCCAUCUCGAGACUGGUAUCGUGGUUCCCCCACGUCAAGGCGCCCGUCAUCAUCAACGCGCCGAUGCUGGGGUCAGCCGGCGCCGCCAUGGCAACUGAAGUUCACAAAGCUGGUGGUUUCGGGUUCAUCGCCGCGGGCUUCGACUUCUCAGAGUCCUCAGCCCAGAUGACGGACCUAGACAAGGCCCUCACCCAAGCCCGCACCCUCCUCUCGCUCCCGGCCGCCGACGGCAGCGGCAGCAGCAGCGGUGCGGGAGGACUCCCGCUAGGCGUAGGCUUCAUCACGUCCCACGAGACAGCCGGCCACUUCGCAGCCAACGUCCUCCCCAUCCUCGUCCGCCACGGCGUCGCAGCAGCCUGGCUCUUCGCCCCGCACCCCGAGACCAAGCCGCACGGCGAAAUCAUCGCCGCGCUCCGCGGCAAGGGCACCAAGGUCUUUGUGCAAGUCGGCAACGUCGCGGCGGCGCGGGAAGCGGCCGCUGACGGCGCGGACGUCAUCGUCGCGCAGGGGGUCGAUGCCGGCGGGCACCAGUUCUCGCGGGGCUGCGGCGUGGUCGCGCUGGUGCCCGAGGUGAAGACCAUGCUGGCGGCCGAGUUCCCCGACCGGGACGUCGCUGUCGUCGCGGCGGGCGGGAUCGUGGAGGGCAGCGGGGUGGCGGCGGCGCUGGCACUGGGGGCUGAGGGGGUUGUGUUGGGGACGAGGUUUGUUGCGACGGACGAGGCGAUGAGCGCGCAGUUGCAUAAGGAAGUUAUUGUGAAGACGAAGGAUGGUGGGGUGAGUACGUGGAAGUCGGAGUUUCAUGAUCGGUUGGUGGAUAAUAAGCUGUGGAAGGAUGGGUAUGAUGGGAGGGCGAUUGUGGGGGAUAUUCAUCGGGAGUAUCACGCUCUUGGCGGCCAGACGGCGACGGUGGAGGAGAGUCGGGAGAGGUUGCGGACGGGGUGGAGUGAGGAGGAAGGGAAGAAGAUGAUUGGGAAGUGGGCUGGUGCUGGGCUUGGGCUUAUUGAUGAGAUCAAGCCGGCUGGGGUGGUGGUUACAGAGGUGAGAGAGGCUGCGAGGAAGAGGAUUCAGGAGCUGAUUGGGUCGAUUUGA